UGGUCCAGGAAGUAAUGGCAAAUCCUGCUUAAACAGCAACCACCUGUGAAAAGCAUUUUGGGUUAAUGUAAACAGAGGACGUUUCAGGUGACUUGCAUGAGUAAAAAAUAUUUCUGUGGGAGGAGUUCCGUGAAGAGACUGAGAAACAGUCUCUCGUGCAACAUUAGGAAGGACUGCCUGAAGGUUAAAAACAAAGACUCAUCGAGAGAAGAAUAUUCCCCACAAUGUCUGAGAAACCCAAACUUCACUACUUUAAUGGAAGAGGACGAAUGGAAUCGAUUCGUUGGCUAUUAGCAGCAGCUGGUGUGGAGUUUGAAGAAGAUUUUUUGGAAACGAGGGAGCAAUAUGAACAGCUAUUAAAAGAUGAAUUCCUGCUCUUCCAACAAGUGCCGAUGGUUGAAAUGGAUGGGAUGAAGCUAGUGCAGACCCGGGCCAUCCUCAGCUAUAUAGCUGCAAAGUACAAUCUCUACGGGAGGAACCUGAAGGACAGAACCCUAAUUGAUAUGUACGUGGAAGGAAUAACAGACCUGAUGGGAAUGAUCAGGGUUCACUUCAAACUGCCUCCAGAAGAAAAGGAAAAGAAUCUUAGUUUAAUUAUUGAGCGAGCCACAAAGAGGUAUUUCCCAGUUUAUGAGAAGAUUUUGAAGGAUAACGGGCAACACUUUCUUCUCGGCAGUCAGUUCACCUGGGCUGAUGUCCAGCUUGUUGAGACCAUUCUAAUGGCGGAAGAGAAAGAGCCUGCCAUUCUCUCGGAGUUUCCUUUGCUGCAGGCCUUUAAAGCCAGAAUGUGUGAUGUUCCUACAAUUAAGAAAUUCUUGCAACCUGGCAGUCAAAGGAAGCCUCCACCUGAUGAAAAAUACUUGGCAACAGCAAAGAGAGUUUUCAAUAGGAAAUAAAAAGUAGACGUAUGUUAUGUGGUGUUAAAUACCAUCCAAGAUACAGCCUAUUUUAUUCGUUUCUACAGAUCUUCCUUGAUAUUUGUGAGCUGUUUUUCAGAAACCCUAUUCAUUUUCAGUUGAGUAUCAAGAUCAAUGUAAAGCCACACUUUUUACAUUCUGCAUAAAAAAUAAAUAAAUCUAUGCACAGUCUGGGGAAAUGUGUGAAAAAAAUUAACAUUCCAAACUAAACAAUUCUUUAAUGGGCAAGUGCUUACAUAACAGAAGACUUUAAUCUCUUCAGUUAACAACCUAGCUCUAAGGAAGACAAAUGCUGGGAAAAUAGCUUAGAAUUUUAAGAUUUGCAGCUUAAAUUCAUAUUGACAAAAAAGGCACACCUGCUGUCUUACUGUAUUUCCUCUAUAGGUUGAAUAGUUUGAUAAUGAAUUAUUAAAAUGAUUUUUCUGGUGACACUGUGAAGCACUGGAGAAGAAGAAGAAAUGGACUUGGGGCCCACACUGUGUCCACAUCUGGUUUAAGCUGAACAUGGGGUUUCAUCUAUGGAUAGUUAAACACGGUUGACGGAGGAGUUUGAAAUCAGAAAUGGGAAA